AGGAUGAUGUGAUCAAGAAGAAAGCAAUAUUUGGAUGAUGGUUUGUAUAAAAUACAAUCAAAUCUUGGGAUAUUGGUGGAAAUGAUUGAUUGGGGAAACCUUCCCAUGUGGAUAUGGAAGACACCUUCACAUGAUCCAACAGAAACAACACCUCCAUUUCUGGCUCUUGCUUCAUCAUUUGCUGUAAAGCUUAUUUCCCUUGUCAUAUAUAUAAACCCCAUCUGUUUCUCCUCUCUCUCUCUCUACCCCUUUCUCUCUCUAACCAUUCAAGCAAAAAUGUCAUCUUUUCUGCUCUCAGUGCUGCUACUUGUGUUCAUAUUUCCACAUAGAUCUGAAGGAGAAUUUGAGCAAUGGUGCAUAGCAGAUGAACAGGCAACAGAUGCAGAACUACAAGCAGCCUUAAACUUCUCAUGUGGGGAAGGGGGUGCAGAUUGUAGCAAGAUUCAAGAAAACCAACCGUGUUAUCUACCAAACACACUAAAAGACCAUGCUUCAUUUGCCUUCAAUAGUUACUACCAAAAAUUUAAGCAUAAUGGUGCCUCUUGCUACUUCAAUAGUGCCGCCAUGACCACCGAAAAAGAUCCCAGUUAUGGUUCAUGCCAUUAUGAUUAUACUCCUUGAUGCAACGAGACAACAAAUUAUGCGAAGACCAAGUCACAUACAAAUGUUUAAUUGUUCGCUUUUUGACUCAUUUAUCGAAGUCUUAAAAAGAAUCUAUGUUUCAUAGCUAUGUUGGAAUGUUAAUACUUCUUCAAAUAAUUUUGGUGCACGAUAGUUAAACUA